GCGCCGAAACUACCAAACCCUAACUGCCGCCAUGCCGAUCUUCCCCACCGAGGCAGCGCCCAGCCAGAGGCGCCGGGACAAGGGGCCGUCUCAGUCCGUCCCCCUGUUCCGGCCGUUCAAGUUCGCCGACUCAUCCCAUCUCAAACCAUCGCCGGCCAUGCGGGUCUUGCCCUUGAACGCCGACUCAUCCCAUCGCAAACCAUCGCCGGCCAUACGGAUGUUUCCCAGGGAGAUGGAGGCGGAGAUUCCCGGCCACGGGCGGUCGAAGAGACCGACUUCAACUUUGUCGUUCGACGCCGACUCUACCCGGGAGGGAUCCUGCCAGUAUCCGGCCUGGGUGAUUCUAAACCGGCUCGGUGGCCGGAGGGAUUCGCUCCACGGCGAUGGCACCACCUCGGCGGUCUCCUACACCUCCGGCGGCGAGAAGGUCUCCGUCUCGUUCGAGCUCGCGGAACCGCCGCGCACCUCGCUCGUCACCCUCGACUGGCCACGAGGGCCCGACCCCUCGGAGGGGAGCACAUCCUACCCGGAGGUCGUCGCGGCGCACGGGAGCCUCGUGCUGCUUCAGAUCAUAUCCACCGACAAGGGUAUCAUCGACUACUUCGUCUACGAUGCCAGGGCCAGCGAGAAACCCUCCUUGACGCGGUUGCCCAUCUGCUACUGGCAGGGGACUUCGAACAGAGGGAAGCUUCGGCCACGCAUCAUGAGCAACGAAGCCAUGGGUAUUCUGUCCUGCAGCAAGGAUUUCUUCAUUGUAGCUGAGCUUGAGAAGCCGAAUCAGCCUUUUGCAGCUAACAUCUACUUCUUGUGCUCUGGGUCCGAUGACUGGAGAGUCUUCAAGGAUGUGCCAAUCCCCCAUGAGCAUGAUCAUAGCUUCCCUGGCCUGUUGCUGUGGUCAACUGAUGCAAUGUUAUCCUACCGCCAUCGCUACCUGAUCUGGGUUGAUUAUUUCAGUGGGAUGAUUGUUGCUAAAUUUGCGCAUCCAGGAGAUAUCGACAUCCUUAACCCACAGGAGCCUGUUCUAUCGUAUGUGCCGCUUCCGGUCGAACCAUUUCAAGGGCAACCCUACGAAGUCGACCGUGGGGAAGUAUGCCCUGAAGCUUCCCGUAGUCUGUGUUACACCCACGAUGGCAUCAAGUUCAUCGAUGUUAACCUGCAUGGCAGUGGCAGUGGCUUCAGCAUCACCCUGUGGUCGUGGUGCGGGGAUCAGACGUGGAGACAAGAAGCGACACUGGAUGCUGCCCAACUUUGGAAUCUCGAUUCUGAAAACCGCCUUCCAAAUGGCCAACCAGAAUUCCCCGUUGUCGACAUGGAUAACCCUUACAUCAUUUGCUUCUUGUUGACUGAGGGCCACCACAUUGUUUCUGACCCUGAUGCCACAACAUAUAUGAUUAAGGUACACAUGAAGAAGAAGAUUCUAGUAGAUUUCACAACUUAUUCCAACAAAGGAAGCCCGUCCUAUCACAAGUCCUACAUGACUUCCAGAAUGAUGUCUGAGGGGUUGUCCUUCAUCUCCAGUGAAAUGCCGUAUUACCUGUCUAGACAAACCAAGAAAAGGAGGAGCUAAUAUGACAGGAGAUUCAGGAAUUGCCUCACCAGUUUGAAGAAGGGAUUCAACAAACGGACUAGGAUGUGAGCUUCUGCAUGCUUUGCUAAAUUUUAUGUUUGGACAGAUUAUGGCACCUCUCUAGUUGUGUUAGUUUUUGCUCGUCCACAUGACCACACAGGAUUAUGGAUUGUGUGCUAUAUUGUUCCGUCUUGAUGUUAUUUUUGUUGCUGCGGCAAUACUUAACCGGAGUACUAUAUUAUUAUGUGAGUACGCGGUAUUAGCUGAGGCAUUGGAGGCACAAUCAUGGCAAAAGAAUAUCCUAUUAGACUCGUUCGUUUCUCUCUUUUUUUUUCAUGCUCUAUGGCGUAUUGGGUUUAGCAUGUGAUGAAAUGUGAGAUAUCAAUUGAUAUUCAGAACGUCAGCAACCCGUGUUGGAUUGGCUUCCAGUUCUUAUUG